AUGAGUGUUAAUACUACUACAUCUUUCGAAGGUGGCAUCAUUAGAAAGUCUUCUAAUCAGCUGAUACCUCAAUCUUCACCCCCUUCAGAGUCUCAAACUAAUGUAUCUUCCACUCAAGACACUGCGGAUUCAGACUUACUUGAACCAACAGAAAGAACUGGUUUACUUUCACCUGAUGAUCCAAUUGUGUCCCCAUUAAACUUGUCUACUAUCAAGUUAUUACGUCAAUUGACUUACUAUUUAUUGAUAUUCAAUACCAUAGUGUUGAUUUUCUUGAUUUUGUCCCAUUUCAUCACAUUUUCCAUCACACCUUAUUUCAGAGAUAUAAACUUGCUCAUCCUUUGUAUCAUUUAUAAUGUAACUACCUUAUGGUGUUUCGUGGUAACGGGCAUUUCAGAAAUAUAUUUGAGUGUUUUCACUAUAGUAUUGGUGUUGAUUGAUAUGUUGGUGAUACUUUUCAAGUUAUCAGGUGUUUGGAGUCCUUUGUAUACAAUUAUAAAUUUAGUGUACUUCUUAUGGGUAGAAUCUUAUAUAAGGAAGUGUAAAACUCAACAAGAAAUCAAGUAUACUGGAAGGCCUGAAACCAGAAUGACAGUAUUUGAAAUUUUCAUUUCAUCCAUCAAAUUCUUCAUCAAACUUGCGACCUUAAUAUUAGUCUUGAUGAUGAGUAUGUUCGUUUGGUUAAAUGCUUUUGACACCAAAGUUACAGGAAAGACUGUCAACAUAAAUGGUGUGAACCUUCAUUUGGAAUGUUAUGGAUCUAAGAAUGGAACGGUAUUGGUUGAAGGAGGAUUGAAAACAUCUUCAGAAUCAUAUUUAUGGGUUGAAGAUAUGUUUAAAACCAAUCUUAUUCCGGGAUAUUGUGUUUAUGACCGUCCAGGAUACGGAAUAUCUGAUUAUGCUCCAACAACGGUUUCUCUUGCUACGGAAUAUUUGGUGAUGGCUUUGAAGGAAGAAGAAAUCUCUGACGUUGUAGUGGUUGCUUAUGAUAUUGGAGGGUUAUACUCUCAAGUGUUAACAACUCACGGCAUAGUCAAAGGUUUGAUGUUGAUUGAUUCCUGGCAUCCGGAUCUUCUUCAGUUGAAUUAUCCAUUCAAAGAGAAGUUCGAUGUGGUCGAAGUACCUUCUGCUUGGAAUGGAUUCAAAUUAUGGUGCAAGGGAAUUUUAUCACCAUUGGGUUUGAGACCCUUGAGUCAUUUGAUUCAUCCUAAACUUUAUAACUCUUGGGCAAGAGUGUUUGGGGAUGAUAUGAUUUACAACGAAAAGUAUUUGUUAACUAGAUUACAAAACCAUUUAACUACCAAAUGGUCUUCCAAUGAAAUCCCCAGCUCUUCAGACGUCAAGACCUUAGUCAUCAGUAGAAAGUCCAAGUUGAAAUCCAAAAAUUGGAGUAACUGGCAAAGAGAAUUGACUAAAUGGGGAAAAUGUGUGGACUGGAAAGUCAUUGAUGAUAAUGAUAAGUACAGUGAAGCCGACAGUUUAAAGUUUUUCUUAGAAGAGUUAAAGUAA